ACCAGCACUAGCCAAUCAACGUCUCGUGCGCUCGGAUGUGGAUUGGCCAGUGCUGGUUUCCCUAGCCAAGUUCCGCCGCGCGGCAACGUUACCGCGUCCAGUGGGCAGAAGCCAUAAUUGUUGCUCGUUUAAAAUUGCUAGAGAAGCGGCUAUUUUAUUUAUUACUUUGAGGUUUAUCGCUGUUCUUACCGAAGCAUGGCGUCGUGUAAUUUAGUGGAGUCGAUCAUCGACGAGGUUGCCUUGGAGGGAUUAGACGGCAUUACUUUACAAGCUUUGUGGCUGCGACUAUCAAACGGACUCAAUAAUCCGCUACCGUUCCCCAAGCCGUUCAUGGAACAGGUAUGGUUAAUAUGCAGGAAGGUAAAGGACCUUCAGUUUUACCAAUUGGAGACGCCCAGAGAACCGCUUGUGAUAUUCGAUCGUUACGAGUACGUAAAUGACGAUCUUGGCACUAUACAAGAACCGUCGAGCGUCCCGCCAGAUAUUUAUCCUCACUGUCCUAUCCAAGAUCCCAAGACAGGUAUAAGGGGAUCUUGUGCCACAUAUAAUACAAGGAAAGACAUCAAAGACGAAGUGAAGAAUGCAAGCCUGGACGAGGUGACAGAGAGGUAUGGGCUCAGUCUGGUGAUCGUGGCAGCCCAGUCAAUUAGGACACGAGCUUUGAUGGGCCACGACGUGAGUCCAACGUUGAAGCUGACGAUCAUGCAUUACUGCUUCUUGGAGAGAGUGGGUCGAGCUCGUUACCACGGCGAGGUCACUCAAGGCAAGCUCAGUUUGGCUGCGCUCAAGAAGGACCGGAAAACUCUGUUCUAUCAUCUAAAGUUUCUGCUGCAUCACAAGCUUAUUACGAAGCAGGGCCAUCAGCAGAGCGCCGGCUACCGUGGCAGCGGUGGUGGCCUCUUGCAUCUGCCCCGCUUCUACGUGGAACGAAAGCCAAAGAUGCUCUACCUGGCGGAGCAGGUGCUCGACAUUCUACGAUCCAAGAAGGACGGCGCGGCCGAGUACGACGAGAUUAAGAAGAAACUCGGAAACGAGAACGCUAUCAAGAAACUGUUUCGAUCUGCUUACUUUCAAAAGAUCGUGAUAACGGGCAUCUGCGUGCCGUAUAGAACUUUGUAUCCCAAUGCCGAGCCCAACGAGUGGCGGCAGAAGAAGGACCCUUCGAAGGAGAAAAACAUCAGAGUCGUGCAGUUGGUGUAUCCGGAUGCCAACAUUAAUGAUAUGUGGAAUAAGGAGGAGAAAGAUGACGAUGAAGACAUCAUUGAGUUGAAUGUGUCUGAUCAAAAGUUUGAAGUUCCUUGUCUCAAACAAGCAUACUCUAUCAUUGAGGCCAGUCGAUUCGAAGGUAUAUCUCAAGCUGAGUUGGAACACAAGAUGGUUAUCACCAAAUCAGAAUCCAGGUCAUUUCUGAGGAAUAUGGUAAAAGCGGGUAACAUCGCAACGUACAUGAACGACAUAGGCCGGCAGCUGAUUACAAAGUAUGUCGCGAAGAAAUUCGAGAAGAACAGCACAAUGAGUAAGCAGUUUAACAAAGAAGUGCACAAGAUCAAGGAACUCACCAAGAAACUGACCAGCAAGAAUGAAGCGACCUUGCAAACGGAAAACGAACAGCAUCCCGCGGUCCCCGAAGACGACCAGACGAAUCAACGACAACUCUGUUUUGAUCAUAACGUUGAUAAGAUGGAAACUAAUACGGUCCUUAAUAUAGACAAAAGUAAAGAGGAAAAUAAAUGUGUCGAUGCAAAUUGUGCUAGAAAGGAAACGGAAUUGAAGAAUUUGUUUUAUGUUGUUAAUAGAAUCUUGCGUAAAUAUAAAUUGUCCAAAUUUCGAUCAAAGUACAGACUUACGUCGAAAUCUUUAUUAACGAAGACCAGCAAGCCCGAUAUCAGCGCCAAGGAGCAGAAAGCGAAGCUCGACGUUUCGCUCACGUCUAUGGAGCUAAUUGCAGCUGAUGCCAGAGCUACGUCGUUUUAUAAUAGCAUAAAGACAAAUUUGAUAGCGCAAAAACCCGUUCGCACCGGCAAGGGUGUCGGAAGAAAACAAAAGAGCCAAGCUCAGCAAAAUAAAGAUACAUUGCUCGAGGGGAAGCUAUCGCUUUACGAAAGCGACAAGCGCAAAGAGACGUAUUCGAAGAAUCGUCCUCACGAACAAAGUGGAAGGAAAACUCGUGUAUCAAGAAAGAAAUCUGCCAAUAUUGAAGAGGAUUCCAUGGACUACGAAGAGCCAUUCUCGAAGAGAGCAAGACUAAGCUUCGAGGACUCGAUGGAACUCGAGGACUUGGAAGAAAGCGAGGAAUCGAAAUUCUUCGAGGAGGAAUUGUGCGAAGCUUCUCGAGAAUGCACCGUAAAAGUACUUCCGGAUAGCUCCAAGUCUCUUACAUUGAUGAAUGAAUUAAGGGAGCAGAUAAAAGAAGAAGCUUCUUCGACAAUGCCGAACGAUAUGACCAAUGUGACUUCGAUUCCUCGACGUGUCAGCGAGAUUAUUAGGAACAUAUUACCUGAAACGAGUUACUUCAAUUCUGACAAGGCGAAAAAUUCGAGCGAAAUUAGCCAAUUAGUGCCGUUGAAGAUCGAGACUGUAAAUCUCGGCGAAUUAAAUCGGGCUGCCACUUUUCCAAAGACCGUUCUCUCUUACACAAACUACAAGAAGAACGUGAUUGAAUCCAAAAAGAAGGAAGUAACAGUCAACAGGAAAUACGUCGACGCGGUGUACGAGUUCGUCCAGGAGAAGAAAGAAAUCGGCGCUUGCUCGGAAGAAUUACUGGAUAUGUUCUUUGCUGAGCAAGGAGAGGAUUUGUACAAGGUCAUUUCGCUUUUAACAGAUAAUCAUAUAUUUUUUCGCUCUGGCGUCAUCAAACCACGCUAUAUCCAUCAUCAUUACCUGGUUUCUUGGCUGAUUCAGUCCUGCAAGAUAAAUCGCCUUGAACAGGAGUCUCUAGUGCCGUUCAAGGAUAGUAUAUAUGCCACGAUGCAGCAGGGAGACGCAACUGAGACAAACGCUGAGGCGGAUGCGAAAGAUACAAAUCUCCACAAUGAAGAAGAAGAUACAAGUGAAAAACGUGAAACAAAUAGUGCGGUACCAUCGACAUCAUCGGAAACCAACCAAGAAGUCAAAGAGGAAAACAGCAAAAAGGCGGACAAUGACUUAAAUAAUGAGGAAGAUGACAUGAAGAAAGAUAGCGAGAUCAACGAGGAGAGCAGUUCACAUGCAAGGAAAAGGACUCAUAAGCAAAAGAUGCGGUUACUUCCACAAAAGGACGUGUACAAAUCUGCGCAGCAAAUAGAUUUCUCAAAUUCCGAGGAAAUAAAAGUCCUGAUAAAGCCGUGGAUAAGUAUAGACGGCGUGCUGAAUCGCAAAGUUUUAGAUCGAAUGUUAGGCGCGGUUCUGAGUUACUGCUUGCUCCAUCCUGGGCUCACGAUGUCAAAAGUGCAAAGCAGAUUCGUCGCUUCCCUACAACCCUUUCACACGCGCGAAUUGCUCGAGAUGCUAAUCAAAUUGGGAUGUUUGGAGGGUAAGCUCUUGAAGAGAACACGAGUUACUAUGUUCUCUCCACCGCCUGAAAUUAACAUCAGUGAUCUAACUGCAGAUACCGUUGAUUGGUCCGCCGAAGAUGAAAUAGUAUUCGAACCUAAAAUAGAUGCCAUAAUGAAAUUCAGCAUAUUUUUGAGUACGAGGACAUAGAGCACAGAUUCUAUGCCGUAAUUAUGUGUAAAUUUAUCUGUAUUAUAUGUACAGUGUAAGCAUAAAUUAAAAUUAAUCGAUUAUGAGAAUAAUCAAUUUUAAAAAAUCG